UUUGUUUGCUGCAGAGUUCUGUUUUUAAGUUUCUAUCUUCUAUUGUUUCGUUAUCCGACUUUCCAGUUCCAUGUUAUUCAAGUAUAUAGCUCAAGUCCAGUUCCAUCUUAUUUGAGUUAUAUGUAAGAUAUGAUAUUUGUUCCGCCUACAUCUGUUGAGACUAAUCACCUCCGGUUUAAACUUUGCGGAAGAAUCAGAAUCAUCGCACAUUCUUGCACCUCUCGUGACUUCCAUUGAGUGAAACUAAAAUUGACAGAUAACAAAGCCAUCAGGACGUCCCAAAACAAGUUCUAGCCUAAGCUGAUUAGAAUGCGGAAGAUAAUGGCCGAGACGACACAAAAAGUAGUUCGCAAAAUGAACAAGAUGAAAAUGUGAAAAGGAAACUAAGGAGAUAAUAUUAAAAAUGAAUGUUAAAGGUGUUGGAAUGGUAUGGUGACAUAAGAAAUGGUGUUACCAAGGAAGCUGCCCUUGUCGGCCUGUCCCUAUCUCUUCACACUUGGCAUUACCAUAUAGGAAGGUUCAGAGAUCAAUUUGAACCAAAAUCAGUUAUAUUCGUAUUAUUUGGCGUAUGGCAAUUAGCUCUGCUUUCUUAUCCUUAAAUGAAACAUUGUUUUCGCCGUUUGUUUUCUCCUCUAGUUUUCUUGUGAUGUAAAAAACAUACUGUAUUAUUACGUGCAGAUAAUAAUCUGAUUGUUUCAAACGCCUCUAUGUUUACGUUUGUAUUUUUUUUGUUAUCAUAUGUUAACUUCAUUAUCACUGACUUUUCUGUCUUAAGAUAAUGAUAUCAUAUGUUACUUCAUUAAUCUAUUAGCUCGAUUAAAAUUUUAUUAAUUUUUUAUUCAAACAGUUUAAAGUGUACAUAUCAUAAUUUUCUAAUAAUUAUUAAAAAAACUAAGAAAGAAUUUAUAUAAAUUUAUAACAUAAUGUAAAUGGAAUUAUCAAAUAUAAAUUUGUAUAAAUAUAGUAAAUAAAAUUGGUAAAUUUGGUGAGAACUAGUUAAGAUGUUCGAAUAUUUUUCAAAAUGUACACUUCUUCCAUUUCAUUAUAGACAUGUAUAUAUAUGAUAUUUUAGAAGAUUUUUAUCGUUUUAAAAUUUAAGAUAUUUUGACAUUUCUGUGUUAGUUUUAUUGAAAACUAUAUAAUUUUAGAUUUUGCAAUGUUAAACUUUGUUAUUUUAAAAAGUUUUUAUAGAAAAGUAAAAUUUUAAUAUUUGUGCUGUAAGCAAAAAAAAAUACAUUAUGAAACAUAUAAUAUUUGUACAAAACUAUACAAACACCCCCUUGUAUUGUUGAAUCCACAGUUUUCGACCCAAUUCAAUUCCCCACCUCCUGCUGAUUGUAAUCUCUCUCUCUCUCUCUCUCUCUCUCUCUCUCUCCUUACUUCACUGGUAAGAGACUAAAGAUAAGUUUGUUUUCUAUCUCCGCCGCAAUCGUCCGAUGUCGAUAUCUAUUCUCCACGAUGAACCAAUCACCGGAGAUCAAUCGUCGCAACCGAAGUGCCACACGGCGAGUCUAUCAACGAAGAUACUUUCGAAAAUUCUCGUAUGUCUUAUCAUGAUCCCUGUAGCUGCAACCGCCUUGCUCUUCAUCCUCAUGUCUCUCAGCUUCUCUCUCUUCUUCUUCUCUCUCUACUGGUUUCUCCACCGCCACCGCCGUCGCGAAUCCUCAGAUGGGUUGUUGUCUCCCAGAUGCGUGAAGAGCCUUCCCCAGUUCAAGUUCUACGAGCCGACGCUGUACGGAAGCGAGUGCGUGGUCUGCAUCGAAGGGUUCAGACAAGGACAGUGGUGUCGGAAGUUGCCUGGAUGCGGACAUGUGUUUCACCGCAAGUGUGUUGACUUUUGGUUAGUCAAAGUCGGGACUUGUCCGAUUUGCAGGGACAGGGUUUAGAAUUUGUAAGAAGAUGGAGCCAAAAAGGUGAAAGUUUUGAUCGGACAAGAUGUGGGUUUGCAAGUGUUUAUAGUUUUUGUGUUCCUUAGCAACUUUGGUUUUCAUCAUGUACGGUCCUUUUACACAGCUCAGAAUCGAAGCCUGGUGAUGAUUUAUAGAGAAUUAAACAUAGUUUCAAGACUGAAUAUAUUUAACGGUUGACUCA